AUGAACAUUCAAACUCUUUGCCCCCCCUUCUCCACCGCUCUAAUUAACAUCUACAGAGAAAGCACAGAUCUCUUUUUAGGAGCCAACACCCUGCUGUCCCAAGAGGGCACCACACAAGGAGAUCCUUUAGCAAUGCCCUUUUAUGCUCUAGCAACAAAACCCCUGAUCGACAGAUUGUCCACAGACACACCCGACCUAAAACAGAUCUGGUAUGCUGAUGAUGCCACUGCUGCAGGCAAAAUUUCAGACCUGAAGAAAUGGUGGGACAACUUGACAAAACUUGGUCCAUCUUUUGGUUACUUUGUUAACCCCAAGAAAACGUGGCUAGUCACUAAAGAUGGCUCCCUCUCCACAGCCUCUCAGAUAUUUGGGGAUUCCGAGGUCAACAUCACCACGGAAGGAAGACCAGUGCUUGGUUCCCCAAUUGGCAAACAGGAGUUCAUAUCUGAUUUUGUAACAGGAAAAGUAACACACUGGAUAGCGGAAAUUGAAAAACUGUCGGAAAUAGCAGACAGCCAACCGCACGCAGCCUAUGGUGCUAUCACUCAUGGCCUUGCAAGUAAAUGGGCCUACCUCUCAAGAACUACCCCAGAUAUUGACCAACUACUGCUUCCCCUUGAGAACUCCAUUCGAACCACCUUGCUCCCAAAACUUACAGGCAGAGACGCACCCAAUGAUCUCGAGAGGAGUCUAUUUGCCCUCCCCGCUCGCCUAGGAGGUUUAAAUAUAGGAAACCCGGCGUCGUUGGCAGUCGAACAAUACACAUCAUCACAACAGGUGACAAAACCUCUCGUUGACUUAAUAGCUUCGCAAAACAAAAAUUACCCCUAUGAAGUCCUCGUACACCAAAUCAACACAAAGAACAAAAUAAAAGAAACAAGAAGAAGUACAGGACUGCAGGUGGCUAAUGAGAUACAAGAGUUUCUCACACCACCAAUGCAAUUAGCAACAGACCUUGCAAGAGAAAAAGGUGCCUCCAGCUGGCUCACUGCUUUACCGCUAGAAGAGCACGGAUUCGCACUCCACAAAACAGCAUUCCGUGAUGCCAUUGCCCUUCGGUAUGGCUGGCCCCCAUCGCAGAUCCCCACAAACUGUGUGUGUGGCCAUUCUUUUUCAGUGCAACAUGCCCUCUCGUGCCCUAGAGGAGGAUUCCCCUCAAUUAGACACAACGAGCUGAGAGACAUCACAGCAUCGCUUUUAAAAGAAACUUGCCAUGGAGUGGCCACUGAACCGUCUCUACAACCCAUCACAAGCGAAACAUUCAACAGAACCACCGCAAAUCGACAGAACGGUGCCCGUCUUGAUGUAGUGGCUAAUGGUUUUUGGGGAAGUUCUUUCGAGAGAGCGUUCUUUGACGUUAGGGUUUUUAACCCAUUUGCUCCCUCGAACAGACACUCCUCUCUAACCGCAUCUUAUCGCCACCAUGAGAACCUGAAAAAGAGGCACUAUGAACAACGUAUAAGAGAAGUGGAGCACUCCUCUUUUACCCCCCUGGUCUUCGCUACCACAGGUGGCCUUGGCCCAGCAGCUGGAGCCUUCUACAAACGCCUGGCCAGCAUGCUCUCAGACAAAUGGAAGCAACCAUACAGCACCACCAUUGGCUGGCUAAGAUGUAGAAUAUCUUUCUCUCUACUCAGAUCCUCCAUCAUGUGUCUGAGAGGCGCCAGAUCUUCGAAGUCAUCCUUCAACGGCCAUCUAGCUGCUUCCGUGGACCUCACCAUUGCGGACUCCAACCUCUCUGUCUAA